UGAGUGUAUGUGUGAGAGAGAGAGUGUGUGUGGAUAUACAGCUCUACAGCCUUCAGCAUCUUCAUCAUGGGUGUAGCGUACAGUGUUGGAGAGGUGGAUCAUCUCUACACGUUUUUCGUGGAGUGGUCUCCAGAAAACAUCUACAGUCACAAACACAGCAGAAAGCAGCAGGAGUUUCUGCAGGUUCAUCCCGACGCUCUGAGUGUGAUCGGCUCGCUGCUCAAGGAUUCUCCCCCUGAAAACUGGCAGAUUGUGUCUGUGAAGCAGCAGAAGCGCCGCACCAGCGUCUGCAGUUCUGCUGAUUCUGAGUCUGAUGAUCUGCUGCCGGUGUUAAUAAACCACAGUCAGAUCUUAAAGGAGCUUCACCUGGAGCAGCUGAUGAGCCAUAUCCCGGCGCGGGCUCAGGGUAAUCAGUGGAAGCUGGUAUACAGUACAGCAGUGCACGGCACCAGUCUGAGAACACUGUACAGACAGAUGGCGGAGCUGGACAGACCCGUACUGAUGGUGAUCAGAGACACAGAUGGACAGGUUUUUGGGGCGUUUUCCUCAGACCCUUUCAGAGUCAGCAGCUACUGUUACGGGACAGGAGAAACCUUUCUCUACAGCUUCAGUCCAGAGUUUCAGGUCUUCCGCUGGACUGGAGAAAACUCUUAUUUCGUGAGAGGAUUUCUGGACUCGCUGCAGAUGGGUGGCGGAGGGGGUCCGUUCGGCCUGUGGUUGGACGCGGAUCUAUACCGCGGCUCCAGUUACUCCUGCAACACUUUCUGCAAUCGUCCACUAAGCCUUCAUCACGACUUCACCGUCCAGGAGCUGGAGGUGUGGAGCUUCGUCUGAGCCAAAAAAACGACAAAUAAAACUAAAAAACAUCAGAACCCGUUCACCGGUCGAGCCUGUUCACCCGCUCCUCCAAAAUCAGUUAACGGCAGCGUGGAUGUAAGGCAAGCUGAGGCAGAUUUCAGUUCCUGUUUCCAGUAAGUGAGCUGCUGGAAAGGAAGUGCACACUGUGGAUUCGCACUAGUGAGUGGCCUUAAUAGGCAGCAAAGCACACUAGAUGUGAGAGAAGCACUGAAGCGCUCGUGUGCAGUGUUGGGGAAAGAUACUACUGAAAGUAAUGCAUUACAAUAUUAGGUUACUCCACUAAAAAGUAACUAGUGGCAUCACUUAGUUACUCU